AUGUGGAUGGUGUCGCUCUCAACCAUUUUGAUAUUGUUCAAAUCGGUUCUGGAAAACCUGCAAGGUUCGAAAUAUCUUGCGGCUCUGGUCUUGGGAGUCUCCCUCUCCGACACUGAGGGAGACACCCUGGCCCCAGACGCCGUUCCGGAUGUCGAACUCUCGGAGGGCCAGAAGAUCCGCCAGCUCGAGCUCAUCAGCCAGCGUGAUUGCGUAGUUUCUGAGGAACUUGGCCAUAAGGGUGUCUCCCUUUCUGAUGAGGGGGCACCCUUAUCACCGACUGGUCAGAGGAUGAGAAAGCUUGAGAUCUUAAGCGAAAAAGGCUGCGUCGUUGAUCGUCAGAAGAAAGUAAAGAAGGAUGAGAGUAUGGAGGAAGAGGAGGAAGUUGUGGCCUUGAAAAGGCUGGAGAAGACCGAGGAGGGGAGCAUGGUCAAUAAGGCGGAGAUCAAGCAGUGGAACAGAUUCAUCUCGGGUCAAAAUCUGGCCAGAUUGAGCUACACUUUUAGUCAGACUGCUUCAAAUAUCGCCUAA